CAGCUCCAGCUCCAGCUCUCUCUAAUCCUGUGCAAUGGCCGACACUCAGAAUCUACUGCUGCUGUUCGAGCACCCCACCGAGCCCGUCUUCAUGGACAAGGGCAAGAAGGUGACCGUGUUCGAUGUGCCCGAUAGCUACCUGACCGAUCGCUACCGGCCGAUCAGCAACGAGGUGCAGAGCCGUGUCGGCGAGAAGGUGGAGCAGCGUGUGCCCGUCCGAGAGAUCUCGAUCCCGGAUCUGCGCAUACCCAUGUCACUGGGCCGCGAGGAGCAGUUCUCGCUGUUCAUACCGAAGCACCGUCGCAUCGCUGGCCGCCUCAUCGACAUCUUUGUGAACAUGCGCAGCGUCGACGAUCUGCAGAGCGUGGCGGUCUAUGCUCGCGAUCGUGUCAAUCCCGUGAUGUUCAACUAUGCACUCUCUGUCGCACUGCUGCAUCGGCCCGACACCCAGGGACUGGAUCUGCCCUCGUUCGCCCAGUCGUUCCCCGAUCGCUUCGUCGACUCGCAGGUGUUCCGUGAGCUGCGCGAGGAGUCCUUUGUGGUGCAGCCCGGCUCUCGCAUGCCCAUCGUCAUACCCCGGGACUAUACGGCCUCCGAUCUGGAGCCGGAGCAUCGCCUGUGGUAUUUCCGCGAGGAUCUCGGCGUCAAUCUUCACCACUGGCAUUGGCAUUUGGUCUACCCCUUCGAGGCCUCCGAUCGCAGCAUUGUGGCCAAGGAUCGCCGCGGCGAGCUCUUCUACUACAUGCACGAGCAGAUAAUGGCGCGCUACAACAUGGAGCGCUUCAGCAACAGCCUGGCCCGCACGCAGCCCUUCAACAACCUGCGCGAGCCCAUUGCCGAGGGCUACUUCCCCAAGAUGGACUCGCUCGUGUCCAGCCGCGCCUGGCCGCCGCGCUUCGACAAUACGCGCCUGGGCGAUCUGAAUCGCGAACAGGAUCAAAUCAAUCUGGAGGUGGCCGAUCUGGAGCGCUGGCGCGAUCGCAUCUACGAGGCCAUUCAUCAGGGCUUCGUCAUGGAUGAGCGUGGACAGCGCGUGGAACUGGACGAGACCCGAGGCAUUGAUAUCCUGGGCAACAUACUGGAGUCCUCCAUUCUGUCGCCCAAUCGCACUUUGUAUGGUGAUCUGCACAACUUUGGCCACGUCUUCAUCUCCUACUCCCACGACACGAACAACAAGCAUCUGGAGUCCUUCGGCGUCAUUGGCGACUCCUCCACGGCCAUGCGCGAUCCGGCCUUCUACAGGUGGCACGCCUACAUCGAUCGCAUCUUCCAGGAGCACAAAACCCGGCUGCCCGCCUACACGGACACGCAGCUCAACUACUCGGGCAUCUCCAUCACUGGCGUCCAGGUGGCCUCCAAUGGCGGCCAGCCCAAUGUGCUGACCACCUUCUGGCAGCAGUCCGACAUGGAUUUGUCGCGCGGCUUCGACUUCACGCCACGCGGCAAUGUCUUCGCUCGCUUCACCCACUUGACCCACACGCCCUUCACCUACACGAUCAACGUGAACAAUGACGGCGGUGCCCAGCGCUUCGGCUAUGUGCGCAUCUUCAUGGCCCCCAAGAACGAUGAGCGUGGCCAGCCCAUGCUGUUGCGCGAGCAGCGCCUGAUGAUGGUGGAGCUGGACAAGUUUGUGGUCUCACUGAACCCGGGACCGAACACCAUACGCCGCCGCUCGACAGAGUCCAGUGUGACGAUCCCGUUCGAGCGCACCUUCCGCAAUCUGGACGCCAAUCGCCCCGCAGCCGGCUCACCCGAGGAGCUGGAGUUCAACUUCUGCGGCUGCGGCUGGCCCAACCACAUGCUCAUCGCCAAGGGCCUGCCCGAGGGUCUGCGCUGCGAUCUGUUCGUCAUGGUCUCCAACUAUGAGAACGACAGGAUCGACCAGCAGCUGGUGGGCCGCUGCAGCGAUGCUGCUAGCUACUGCGGCGUGCGCGAUCGCCUCUAUCCCGAUCGCCAGUCCAUGGGCUAUCCCUUCGAUCGUCUGCCGCGCGCUGGCGCCGAUCGCCUGGUCAACUUCCUGACGCCCAACAUGAGCAUCGUGGACGUCAGCAUUCGCCACGAGAAUCGCGUGGUCACUCGACAGGCCUAAAUUGAACCCACAUCUAGCUGACGACGUUAACGCAACGACCUUGCCUCGCUGACACUGACGAAUACAUACAUAAGUUACAGUAAUAGACUAUAUUGCAUCUUGAUUGAGCUCAUAAUAAACGCAUCACGGCAUUUAAAGAAAA